AUGCCGGGCGCGCUGCGGGAGGAGACGGCGCAGCUGCUGGGCGACUACCUGCAGCACCGGCUGGGGGCCGCGCCGCUGCCUCCGCCGAGCCGCACGGCCGAGACGCUGCGCCGGGUGGCGGACGAGCUGGAGAGCCGCGAGCGCCUCUUCUUCCGCAACGCCUGCAGCGCGGCCGCCCUGCCGGAGCCGGGCGAGGCGGCCGCCUUGCUGGGCCGGGUGGCCACGCAGAUGGAAGCCGAGGGCGGCCUCAACUGGGGCCGGGUGGUGGCGCUGGUCGUGUUCGCCGGCAACCUGGCGGCGGCGCUGGCCGAGCGGGGGGCUCCGGACCACAGCGGCGCGCUGGUCGAGGCGCUGGCCGCCUACCUGGCCGAGGAGCGGCGGGACUGGCUGGAGGCGCACGGCGGCUGGGAUGGCUUCUACCACUUCUUCAAUAAGCACGGCUCGGAUGCAGCUGACCAGAACAGCACCAUCAGCAACGCUAUUAUGGCGGCGGCAGGAUUUGGCCUGGCUGGAUUGGCUUUUCUUUUGGUGGUGCGAUAG